UCCAAAUCGCCUUUACUAUUAAACCAGUCAAAAGGUGUCUGUUUAGCCUGCGAAUCCUGUGAGCCGGAUAAAAAUGCGAAAUUAAUGGGAAAGACAGCACAGACUGCGUGUCCGUGCGCUUGGUUCACCUAAUCAAAUGCCCUGCCUGCACCCUGUUGUGCUGUACCUUCAGAGGAGAGGAGGAAGACGCAGAGAGAGAGAGUCGGUUGACGGAGCCGACCGGAGCGCACACACCACGUUCAGCAGCUGGAUCCAGCACCACUGCAGCCACGACGACUACCAGAAGACCGCCGACUGGCUCCUGUCGCAGACCCAGCACCGGCCCAAAGUGGCCAUCAUAUGCGGCUCGGGGCUGGGCAUGCUGGCCGACGCCCUCAAGCUGCAGGACUCCUUCCACUACGCAGACAUCCCCGGGUUCCCACAGAGCACCGUGCAGGGACACGCAGGGAGGCUGGUGUUCGGAGAGCUCAAAGGGAAGACGUGCGUGUGCAUGCAGGGGCGGUUCCACAUGUACGAGGGGCACUCGCUCAGCAAGGUGACCUUCCCGGUGCGGGUCUUCAAGCUGCUGGGGGUGGAGACGCUGAUCGUCACCAACGCCGCCGGCGCCCUGGCGGACGGCUACUGCAACGGCGACAUCAUGAUCAUCCGCGACCACAUCAACCUGCCGGGCCUCGCCGGGCUCAACCCGCUCAACGGGCCCAACGACGACAAGUUCGGCCCUCGUUUCCCCCCCAUGUCUGGCGUCUACGACCAAGACCUGCGCCGUCUGGCCAAAGACAUCUGCAAGAGCCUGGGCUUCUCACAGUUUCUGCAGGAGGGUGUGUACUGCAUGGUGGGCGGGCCUAACUUCGAGAGUAUCGCAGAGGCGCGUUUCCUGCACAAACUCGGGGCUGACGCUGUGGGUAUGAGCACGGCGCCUGAGGUCGUGGUGGCCAGCCACUGCGGCAUGAAGGUGUUCGGCCUCUCCCUCAUCACCAACAAGGUGGUGAAGGACUACGAGGACACGGAGAAGGUGAACCACGAGGGCGUCCUGGGCGUCAGCAAGAUGCGCUCGGAAACCCUGCAGACCCUGGUCACCGAGCUGGUGAGCCGGCUGGACAUCAACAACAACACCGCGUGAGCCACAGCCGCCGCGCUCGGGCGACCGACAGCUCCGUCUCCUAGACGACUGACCCCGCCCCCACCCGCCCCACCUGGAUGACUGACUCCUCCCACAACUGGACAGCUGACCCCUCCCUCUCAACCCAGAAAGUCUACAGGCUCUUAAACGCAUUUCAAGUCAAGUGGCCCCUAUUUGUUGCCCAAAGCUGUAGGUCAUGAUUUUUUAUAUAUCACCUUGAAAUCAUUCCUUUUCCGCUGUAAGAAAACUAUUAUAUUUAUGUUUAUUUUUUGUCCUGUGUAAUAUUGUGGAAAUAAUAUAUAUUUCUUCCCAAGUGUGAAGUAUUUCUCAAUGUAAAAUAUUAUGGACAGUAUGAACAUGUCUUCAAAAUGGGUGCAAUGUCAAAACAUGCUUUUCUGUGCAAUUCCACAUAUUGGUAUCCAGUUCUAACACCUCCUAUUUGCGCACAUUCGUGUGUUCAAGAUCAAGAAUAAAGAUCAGUGCAUUUCUCAUUGUGGCACAUCUGCAACGGUAAUAUCAGCCAAGCUAACCCUGUAUGGUACGUUCUGUUUGCUGUAAAAUAUGAGAAAAUUUGUUUGGUUUUUUGUUUUGUAAAAGUGGUCACGUGGUUGGGAAAUUGUGAGAACAACAUGACAAUUUCCCACGUAUAAAUAAUAGAACAUAUAUAUUUAUGGCUUGUAUGGCACUUUAAUGCUGUAUUUAUGAUACGAUGUUCUUAUUUGUGUACAUUAUUAGAGCUGAUCUCUUUGAAAGUUUAAUCAUCCUGUGUGAAGGCCCUGAUAGCAUCUUUUGAUUAAUAAAUUAUUUACGACAGUAAAGAGUUGUGUUCAUUUCACAGACUGGAUAUGAAGGAUGAAUGGUGCAGUAUGAAAUAAGGGAGUGUACACAGAACUGAUCCUUCUGAUGAAAUUAAACAGCAUUGCUCUUUGCUCCGCUUCUGUAGCUCAACACCCAUUGUAAAACAUGAAAUACCAUUUUCAGUUUUGUGUUUUUGGUUUAUAUGUACUUCUCUGUCUUUGAAUGGCGCUCUCAAUGUUUACUGAAGAGCUAGUAACUAAAUUGUAGUUACUAACAUUUUACCUAAAUAUUCAUGAUUAAACAAACAACGUUUAUGUAUGUCUGGAACAAUUCCUGGAAACAUUUUUGUUUUAUACUUUUUAGCUGAUUUAGCUGAUGCCUUAGUUUGUAUUGAAAUGCAUUUUUCCUGCAGUAUUGAAAAACUGUACAUGACAAAUUAACACUUGUGCAUCUUUCAAAAUACAGAAUACAGACAAUACUACCAAAAAUGACACAUAGAUAAACCUCCCAAAACUGCUAGAAAAAAAUGCUUUCAAAUAUGGGAACUGUAUGUUUUCUGAAUUGUUAAAAACCUGUUCAUUUAUGUUCAGAACCACUGCACCAUGUUAAAAUAAAUGUUUCCUAAGGUAGGGUUGACCAAACCUGAACCUUGCCUCGGA